GGGAGCAUCCCCGGGGCCGGGAUGUGCCCCCAUGGCCACAGGGAUGGCAGGACCCGGCCGUGAUGCAGGUACCGAAGCGCCAGCCCCUUUCCCAAAGGCUGCUCGGGAUGGGAUGGGACACGGGGAUGUGCUUUGGAUGAGGCUUUUUGGGGGUGCUGGGGUGGGGAUGGGGCUGAGGAGCAACGGAACCAAUGCAACCAAGCAGCAGAAAGCAGGGAAACCAAACCUGUUCUGGGUUCCUGAAGGUGGGAAUGGUGCUUCCCUUCCUGCCAUCAAGCAGAUGAAGGGGAAAUGCUGCUUUCCCCUGGGAUUAAGGUACCCAAAGUCACGGAUUUCCUCCCGAAUAUCCUCACAACCAGCAACUCUUCACUUCCACAGGCGAGGACCAGGCUGCCCCAGUGAUGCAGAGAGCAGGGGAAGGGACCAGUUUUAGCCUCAAGUGCAUCAAGGACAAGAAGGUCCCCAUUGGGGUCACUGUGGUCGUGGCCGCGCUGCUCCUGGCCAUCAUCGCGCUGGCGGUGAGGAAGUUCCCCUCCUGCCCCGGCUGCCCCGCUCCCGACCGUUCCAGCUGCCUGGAAAACGGGAUCGGAUACAGGCAGAAGUGCUUUUACUUCGUGGAGGACGAAGCGGAGUGGAACAGGAGCGAGAGCUUCUGCCUGUCCCUCGGAGCCCAUUUGGCCGCCGUCGACGCAUGGGAGGAGCUGCGUUUCCUCUUGCGCUACGGGGGCUCCCUGCACUACUGGAUCGGGCUCCGGAGGGAAGGAUCCGCACCCUGGACGUGGGUCAAUGGGUCUCUCUUCAACGACUCGUUCCAAGUCCGCGGGAGGGGACAAUGCGCCUUCGUCAACGGAGACGGGAUCAGCAGCGACUGGUGCUCCCUGAUGAAGUACUCCGUGUGCAGCCACCCCCAGGCUGGGAGCCGCAGCCAUCCCGAGGGCUGGAAUCUCACCUGAAAACCUGCGGCUGCU